UUUGUAGCUAAGGCCUCUAGGAAGCUCAGUAAUGACUUUCCUCUUGAUUUAUCGCCUGUGAAGAAGAGAACCAGGAUUGAUGAGAUCGCAAGCAACCUACAGAGCAAAAUUAACCAAACCAAACAGCAGGAAGAUGCAGUGAUCAAUGUUGAGGAUGAUGAGGAAGAAGAGGAAGACAAUGAAGUGGAGAUAGAGGUUGAGUUGGACCGGGAAGAAGAGCCAACAGACCCAGUCAUGGAGGUUCCCACUCCCUUCUCGGCCCAGCAGAUUUGGGCGAGAGAUGCCAGUGAGCCCCAGAAGGAGCCCAGCUUCAGAAGUGUCACCCACGAUUACAAUGCCACCAAUGGGGCUGAGAUAGAGCUCACCCUUUCUGAAGAUGAAGAAGACUAUUACGGCUCUUCAACCAACAUGAAAGAUCACCAAGUUUCCAACACCGCUCUGCUGAACACCCAAGCCCCUAUCUAUGGAACUGAGCACAAUAAUGAGAAUACAGACUUUGGUGACUCUGGAAGGCUUUACUAUUGCAAACACUGUGACUUUAACAACAAAUCUGCCCGUAGUGUCAGCACCCACUAUCAGCGAAUGCACCCGUACAUUAAGUUCAGCUUUAGGUACAUCUUGGACCCCAAUGAUCACAGUGCGGUGUACAGGUGCCUGGAAUGCUACAUUGAUUACACCAACUUUGAAGAUCUCCAGCAACAUUACGGCGAACACCACCCAGAAGCCAUGAAUGUACUCAACUUUGAUCAUUCGGACCUGAUCUACCGGUGUCGAUUUUGUUCAUACACGAGCCCGAACGUGAGAAGCCUGAUGCCGCAUUACCAAAGAAUGCACCCCACCGUUAAGAUCAACAACGCGAUGAUAUUUUCAAGCUAUGUCGUGGAGCAGCAGGAAGGGCUGAAUACGGAAUCCCAGACACUGAGGGAGAUUCUGAAUUCAGCUCCCAAGAGCAUGGCGACGUCUACUCCUGUGGCUCGUGGUGGUGGCCUGCCACCUGCAUUUAAUAAAAGCACUCCUUCAAAGACGUUUACUCCAGAAUGUGAAAAUCAGAAAGACCCUUCGGUUAACACCGUCGUUGUUUAUGAUUGUGACGUUUGCUCAUUUGCAAGCCCCAACAUGCACUCUGUCUUGGUUCAUUAUCAGAAGAAACACCCAGAAGAAAAG